AUGAUUAUUCGGAAUAUUAGGGAUGAUUUUCCAGAUGAUAUAGAGGACGAUUUUCCAGAAGAUAUAGGUGGUGAUGAUUUGGAUGGGGAUGAUAAUCCGAAAAAUAUAGGGGAUGAUAAUCCGGAAAAUAUAGGGGAUGAUAAUCCGGAAAAUAUAGGGGACGAUUUUCUGGAUUAUAUAGGGGAUGGUUAUCCGGAUGAUAUGGAGGACGAUUUUCCAGAAGAUAUAGGGGAUGAUGAUUCGGAUGGUAUAGGAGAAGAUUAUCUGGAAAAUUUAGGGGAUGGUUUUUCAGAAGAUAUAGGAGAUAAUUAUGCGGAUGAUAUAGGGGAAGAUUAUCAGGAAAAUUUAGUAGAUGAUCGUCCGGAAAACUUAGGGGAAGAUUAUCUGGAAG